AUGAAGUUUGGGAAGAGAUUGAAGCAACAAAUCGAAGAAACGUUGCCGGAUUGGAGAGACAAGUUCUUGUCGUACAAGGAGUUGAAGAAGCUGGUGAGGCUAAUUUCUUCAUCUCCAACAUUGUUGAAUGGAUCCGUGGAAUAUGGGAAAGCUGCAGAGGCUGAGUUUGUGUAUUUGUUGAACAAUGAGAUUGAAAAGUUCAAUGCUUUCUUCAUGGAACAAGAGGAGGAUUUCAUUAUCCGGCAUAAGGAGUUACAGCAUCGAAUCCAGUUAGUGAUUGAUAUGUGGGGGCCAAGUGGAACUCAGCCUAAUUCGGAGACAAUUUAUAAAGAGGAAAUGGGGAAAAUCAGAAAAGAUAUUGUUGAUUUCCACGGAGAAAUGGUGCUUUUAGAGAAUUACAGCAAUAUCAAUUACACAGGGCUGGCGAAAAUAUUGAAGAAAUAUGAUAAGCGAACAGGUGGAGUAUUACGCUUGCUGUUCAUCCAGAAAGUUCUGGAACAACCCUUUUUCACUACUGAUAUCGUUUCAAAGCUGGUCAAGGAGUGCGAAAGUCUUAUUGACGCGUUUUUCCCAGCCAAAGUAGAAGAGAAGCAAAGAGAAUUAGUAAGCGAGGCUGUAAAUUUGGGCCGUCAAGGAAUAUUCAGAAACACAGUCGCGGCUUUGAUGACAAUGCAAGAGAUUAGGAGAGGAAGCUCAACUUACAGUCAGUUUUCUCUGCCGCCUCUCAACUUGCCGGACUCUCAACAUCAUGAUCUUGUUCAGUUGAUCCAGCUCAACCCUUCCAUACCUAUCGUCUAAUCUCUCUCUCUA